UGUGUAAUAAGGAGGCAGUGCGGAUCCUGGCGGUCACUCCCAGCGUCUCUGUCGCGCACUGCGGACUCGGAAAGGAGGCGAAGUUAGAACGUGCUCUUCGCUUGGGCUUCAUAGGAAGCCACCCAUGAGGAAGUUUGACUGGUGAACAGACCAAAGGCGAGAGGUCAGGAUGACGACAGUAGCUGCAGAAUUCGAACACAUGGAGAUCCAGCAGCAGUACCAGGAUACUGUGAACAACCGCUGGGAUGAGGAGUGGGACAACGAGAACAGCUCAGCCCGCCUGUUCGAGCGCUCACGCAUUAAGGCCUUAGCAGAUGAGCGUGAGGCAGUGCAGAAGAAGACCUUCACCAAAUGGGUCAACUCCCACCUGGCUCGAGUCUCCUGCCGUAUUACGGACCUGUACAUGGACCUGCGGGAUGGACGUAUGCUCAUCAAGCUCCUGGAGGUCCUGUCUGGAGAGAGACUGCCCAAACCCACAAAGGGCAGAAUGAGAAUUCACUGUCUAGAGAAUGUUGACAAAGCUCUGCAGUUCCUCAAAGAGCAGCGGGUUCACCUGGAAAACAUGGGCUCCCACGACAUCGUCGACGGCAACCACCGCCUCACGCUCGGUCUUAUCUGGACCAUCAUCCUCCGCUUCCAGAUCCAGGACAUCAGUGUUGAGACAGAAGACAAUAAAGAGAAGCGCUCGGCUAAAGACGCUCUGCUGCUGUGGUGUCAGAUGAAGACCGCAGGCUAUCCAAACGUCAACAUCCACAACUUCACCACCAGCUGGCGUGACGGAAUGGCUUUCAACGCCCUCAUUCACAAACACAGGCCAGACAUUGUUGACUUUGACAAGCUGAAGAAGUCCAACGUUCACUAUAACCUGCAGAAUGCCUUCAAUCUGGCCGAGCAGCACCUGGGACUCACCAAACUGCUCGAUCCUGAGGAUAUCAGCGUAGAUCAUCCUGACGAGAAGUCCGUCAUCACCUAUGUCGUCACAUACUACCACUAUUUCUCUAAGAUGAAAGCCCUGAAAGUGGAAGGCAAGCGUAUUGGGAAAGUGCUUGAUUAUGCCAUUGAAACAGAAAAGAUGAUUGAGAAAUACGAGUCGCUAGCCUCCGACCUGCUGGAGUGGAUUGAGCAGACGAUCAUCAUCCUGAACAACCGCAAGUUUGCUAAUUCUCUGACGGGAGUCCAGCAGCAGCUCCAGGCCUUCAACACCUACCGCACUGUUGAGAAACCUCCUAAGUUUACUGAAAAGGGUAAUUUGGAAGUCCUACUGUUCACGAUUCAGAGCAAGAUGAGAGCCAACAACCAAAAAGUGUACAUGCCCAGAGAGGGCAAGCUAAUCUCUGACAUCAACAAGGCCUGGGAGCGCCUGGAGAAGGCCGAGCACGAGCGAGAGUUGGCUUUAAGAACCGAGCUAAUUCGCCAAGAGAAGCUGGAACAGCUGGCACGUCGCUUCGACCGCAAAGCUGCCAUGAGAGAGACCUGGCUCAGUGAAAACCAGCGUCUUGUCUCGCAGGACAACUUUGGCUUUGACCUUCAGGCAGUGGAAGCAGCCACCAAGAAGCACGAGGCCAUCGAGACAGACAUCGCUGCAUAUGAGGAGCGCGUGCAGGCCGUUGUAGCCGUGGCUAAAGAGCUAGAGGCGGAGAACUACCACGACAUCAAGCGCAUCACGGCACGCAAGGACAAUGUACUGCGCCUGUGGUACUACCUACUGGAACUUCUCAAAGCACGUAGACAAAGGCUGGAGAUGAACCUGGGACUGCAGCGUGUCUUCCAGGAGAUGCUCUACAUCAUGGACUGGAUGGACGAGAUGAAGAUGCUGCUGUUGUCUCAGGAUUAUGGAAAACAUUUGCUGGGAGUGGAAGAUCUUCUGCAGAAGCACGCGCUGGUGGAGGCUGAUAUUGGCAUCCAAGCUGACCGAGUCCGUGCUGUCAAUGCUAACGCCCAAAAAUAUGCCAUCGAUGACGAGGGCUACAAGCCAUGCGACCCACAGGUCAUCCGUGACCGUGUUGCCCACCUGGAAUUCUGCUACCAGGAGUUGACUCAGCUGGCGGCCGAGCGCCGUGCUCGCCUGGAGGAAUCACGCCGCCUCUGGAAGUUCAUCUGGGAGAUGGCCGAGGAAGAAGGCUGGAUCCGUGAGAAGGAGCAGAUCCUGUCGUCAGAUGAUGUCGGAAAGGACCUAACCGGGGCCGUGCGGCUGCUGAGCAAGCACCGGGCACUCGAGGACGAAAUGAGCGGACGUGCCGGGCACCUGCAGCACACGGUGCGUGAGGGCCUGGACAUGGCCGAUGCCGGUCACUCGGGCGCCGCUAAGAUCCGCGAGCGUGUGGAUGACGUGCAGGCGCAAUGGACAGCGCUGGAAAAGCUGGCCGCCGUCAGGAAGGCGCGUCUCGAGGAGGCCUGCAGCCUGCACCAGUUCCAGACCGAUGCUGACGACGUGGAUGCCUGGACUCUGGAUGCCCUGCGCAUCGUCUCGAGCGACGACGUCGGUCACGACGAGUUCUCCACGCAGGCGCUGGUCAAGAAACACAAGGAUGCUGCGGCCGAGGUGGCCAGCUACCGGCCCGUGAUCGAUGCGCUGCAUGAACAGGCUCAGGCUCUGUCUCCAGAGCUUGCGCAGUCGGCUGACGUGAACGUACGCCUGGCGGGCAUUGAGGAGCGCUAUAAGGAGCUGUCAGAGCUGACCAAGCUGAGGAAGCAAGCCCUGCAGGAUGCACUGGCACGCUAUAAGAUGUUCAGCGAGGCGGAUGCCUGUGAGGUGUGGAUUGAUGAGAAGGAGCUGUGGCUCAACAGCAUGGAGAUCCCUGAGAAACUGGAGGACCUGGAGGUCAUUCAGCACAGGUUCGAGAGUCUGGAGCCUGAGAUGAAUAACCAGGCAUCCCGUGUGGCUGUGGUCAAUCAGAUAGCCCGUCAGCUGAUGCAUAGCGGACACCCCAGUGAAAAGGACAUCAAGGCCCAGCAGGACAAACUGAACACCAGAUGGAGCCAGUUCCGUGAUCUGGUGGACCAAAAGAAAGAGUCUCUUAACUCAGCCCUGGGUGUGCAGAACUACCACCUAGACUGCAACGAGACCAAAUCUUGGAUCCGCGAGAAGACCAAAGUGAUCGAGUCCACCCAGGAACUUGGAAACGACCUGACAGGUGUCAUGGCCCUGCAGCGCAAGCUGACCGGCAUGGAGCGUGAUCUGGCCGCCAUCGAGGCCAAGCUGAGCGACCUGCAGGGCGAGGCCGAGCGUCUGGCGGCCGAGCAUCCCGAGCAGGCCAAGGCCAUCACAGACAGACUGGCUGAAAUAGGCACGGUCUGGGAAGAGAUGAAGGAUACGCUGCACAACCGUGAGGCUUCUCUCGGCGAGGCCAGCAAGCUGCAGCAGUUCCUCCGGCAGCUGGAUGACUUCCAGUCGUGGCUGUCUCGCACACAGACUGCCAUUGCAUCUGAGGACAUGCCCAACACCUUGGCUGAGGCUGAGAAGCUUCUAGGUCAGCAUGAAGGCAUCAAACACGAGAUCGAUAACUAUGAGGAGGACUACCAGAAGAUGCGGGACAUGGGUGAGAUGGUGACCCAGGGACAGACAGAUGCCCAGCAUAUGUUCUUAAGGCAGAGGCUGCAGGCACUUGACACCGGCUGGAAUGAGCUGCAUAAGAUGUGGGAGAACCGACAGAACCUCCUGUCCCAGUCGCACGCCUACCAGAUCUUCCUCAGGGACACCAAGCAGGCUGAGACCUUCCUAAACAAUCAGGAGUACGUGCUAGCCCACACUGAGAUGCCCACCACUCUGGAAGGUGCAGAAGCUGCUAUUAAGAAGCAAGAAGACUUCAUGACCACUAUGGACGCCAACGAGGAGAAGAUCAAUGGUGUGGUGGAGGCUGGGCGCAGACUGGCCAGCGAUGGUAACAUCAACGCUGAACGCAUUCAAGAGAGAGCCACCUCCAUUGAUGACAGACAUAAGAAGAACCGUGAGGCAGCUGUGGAGCUGCUGAUGAGACUGAAGGAUAACAGAGACCUUCAAAAGCUCCUGCAGGACUGCCAGGAGCUGUCUCUGUGGAUAAAUGAGAAAAUGCUGACGGCACAGGACAUGACAUACGAUGAAGCCAGGAACCUGCACAGCAAGUGGCUCAAACACCAGGCCUUCAUGGCUGAACUACAGUCCAACAAAGAGUGGCUGGAUAAGAUCGAGAAGGAAGGGAAGCAGUUGGUAUCGGAGAAACCAGAGACUGAGGCUGUAGUACAGGAGAAAAUGGCGGUGCUGCAGAAACUCUGGCUGGUGCUAGAAUCCACCACACAGACUAAAGCCCAGUGUCUGUUUGAUGCCAACAAGGCCGAGCUGUUCACACAGAGCUGCACUGAUCUCGACAAGUGGCUGGCAGGUCUGGAGGGUCAAAUUACCUCCGAUGACUACGGCAAAGAUCUGACCAGCGUCAGCAUCCUGCUGAAGAAACAGCAGAUUCUGGAGAACCAGGUGGAGGUGCGUAAGAGGGAAGUGGAAGAGCUGCAGUCUCAGGCUCACGUGCUGCGCCAGGAGGGUAAGGACACGGACGAGGUGGACGGCCGUCGUGAGGUGGUAGAGAAGAAGUUCCAGGAGCUGCUGGAACCUAUCUGCAAAAGAAAGAACUUCCUCAUGGCCUCCAGAGAAAUCCACCAGUUCAACCGGGACGUCGAGGACGAGAUUCUUUGGGUUGAGGAGAGGAUGCCCCUCGCAACUUCAACAGACCAUGGUCACAACUUACAGACUGUUCAGCUUCUAAUUAAGAAGAACCAAACCUUGCAGAAGGAGAUCCAGGGCCACCAGCCACGCUGUGAUGACAUUUUUGAGCGCAGUAAGAGCAUCGUGACGGAUGACAGCCAGAACGUAGACUCCAUCAAAGCCCGUCUCGAUGAGCUACAGGCUCUCUGGAAACUUCUGAUCCAGGAGACAGAGAAGAGGCAUGAGCGUCUGGAGGAAGCCCACCAGGCUCAGCAGUACUACUUUGAUGCAGCAGAGGCUGAGGCUUGGAUGAGCGAGCAGGAGCUUUAUAUGAUGUCUGAGGAAAAGGCCAAGGAUGAGCAGAGCUCUGUGGCUAUGCUGAAAAAACACCAGAUCCUGGAGCAGGCAGUGGAGGACUACGCUGAGACUGUCCACCAGCUCUCCAAGACCAGCCGUGGCCUGGUUGCUGACAAUCACCCAGAAAGUGAGAGGAUAGGGAUGCGCCAGUCACAGGUGGAUAAGCUGUACGCAGGACUGAAGGACUUGUCGGAAGAGAGGCGGGGUAAACUGGACGAGAGGUUCAGACUGUUCCAGCUGAAUCGGGAGGUGGAUGAUCUGGAGCAGUGGAUCGCUGAGAGAGAGGUGGUGGCUGGAUCUCACGAACUGGGCCAGGACUACGAACACGUAACUAUGCUGCAGGAACGUUUCCGUGAGUUUGCCCGUGACACCGGAAAUAUCGGACAGGAGCGCGUGGAUUCUGUUAACCGAAUGGCUGACGAUCUCAUCAAUGCUGGCCAUGGCGACGCUGCUACCGUGGCUGAGUGGAAGGACGGGCUUAACGAGGCCUGGGCCGAUCUUCUGGAGCUGAUUGACACUCGUACACAGAUCCUGGCUGCUUCCUUCGAACUGCACAAGUUCUACCAUGACGUGAAGGAGAUUCUGAGCCGCAUUCUGGACAAACACAAGAAGCUUCCGGAGGAGCUCGGUCGGGAUCAGAACACCGUGGAGACGCUGCAGAGGAUGCACACCACAUUCGAACAUGACAUUCAGGCUUUAGGAACACAGGUAAGGCAGCUACAGGAAGAUGCGGCACGCCUGCAGUCGGCGUACGCAGGUGAUAAAGCUGAUGAUAUCCAGCGAAGAGAAAGUGAAGUUCUGGAUGCAUGGAGGAACCUUCUGGAAGCCUGCGAGGGGCGAAGGUCACGCCUGCUCGACACUGGAGACAAGUUCCGCUUUUUUAGCAUGGUGCGUGACCUCAUGCUCUGGAUGGAGGACGUCAUCCGCCUGAUCGAGGCUCAAGAGAAACCCAGGGAUGUGUCCUCUGUGGAACUGCUAAUGAACAACCAUCAGGGCAUCAAGGCCGAGAUCGAUGCCCGUAAUGACAGCUUUACUUCCUGCAUCGAGCUGGGCAAGUCUCUGCUGGCGCGGAAGCAUUAUGCAUCUGAGGAGAUUAAAGAAAAGUUGCUACAGUUGACAGAUAAGAGGAAAGAGAUGAUUGAUAAGUGGGAGGACAGAUGGGAGUGGCUGAGACUGAUUUUGGAAGUGCACCAGUUUUCGAGGGACGCGGGGGUAGCCGAAGCGUGGUUGCUAGGACAGGAGCCGUAUCUGUCAAGUAGAGAAGUUGGUCAGAGUGUGGACGAGGUCGAGAAACUGAUUAAGAGACAUGAGGCGUUUGAGAAGUCAGCAGCUACCUGGGAGGAACGUUUCUCUGCACUGGAGAGGCUGACUACGUUGGAGUUACUGGAAGUGAGAAGACAGCAAGAAGAAGAGGAGAGAAGGAGAAAACCCCAAACACCAGAGCCGGCGGAGGAGAUUGAGGCUCAGCGGAGAGAAGGAGAGCAGAUUGCCCAGAACGGACUGCCAUCGGACCAGGAAUCACCACGGGAGGUAGUGGAUGGAGAAAUAGUGAACGGCGUGCCUGAACGCAGCUCUAAAGAGGCAAGUCCCAUCCCAUCACCCACCUCUGGUAGACGCGCUAAGGGCAGCCAGUCAUCCACCCUGCCGGCCAAAAGUCAAGAUUCACCCUCAGCCCAGCUGGAGGGCAUCCUGCACCGCAAGCAUGAGCUGGAGGGCCACAACAAAAAGGCCUCCAACAGGUCCUGGCAUAAUGUGUACUGUGUCAUCAACAACCAGGAGAUGGGCUUCUACAAGGACAAUAAGAAUGCCGGGCAGGGCAUCCCGUACCAUAACGAGAUCCCCGUCAGCCUGAGGGACGCCGUCUGUGAGGUGGCUGUCGACUACAAGAAGAAGAAGCAUGUUUUUAAACUGAGAGUGACAAAUGGAAACGAGUAUCUCUUCCAAGCCAAAGAUGAUGAGGAGAUGAACACAUGGAUGCAGGCCAUUCAGAAUGCAGUCAGUGGAUCCUCCCCAUCAGACAAGUCAGAAGUCACACCUAGCAACCAGAGCACUCCCGUCUCCAGUCGCGCUAACACACUCCCGGCAAACGUCACCCUGGUGACCGAGUCCAGCCCGGGCAAGCGAGAGAAGGACAAGGAGAAAGACAAAGAGAAGCGCUUCAGUCUGUUUAGCAAGAAGAAGCAGUAGUCUCUAUCCCAUAGCAGCAGAAAAAUCCUGUCCCUCGCUUUCGUCACUGGUUCAUCUUUCCUCCUCCUUUAUUCUCUUUUCUUGCUUUGUUUUUUCCCAGCUCUCAUGUCUGUCUGUCCACUUUCUGUGAUAUUCCAGCAUGCAAGCUGAAGAGCGAGUACGCCACACUCUGUGCCUAAUCCUACGUUGAUCGGGUUCCAAAGUUGCAUUUAAAGAAAAAAAGAAUUGAAAACAAUAGAGGGAAAAGUAAGACUUUUGGCUAGGGUGUGUCAGGGGGUCAGGUUUGAAAAUAACAAGGAACUGGAUACGUUUUUAUGCCGUUCUGUUUUUAUUGUCUUUGAAUUUAAAGAUUUAAUUAUUGAUUAUGAAUAUCACUUUUAUGUAAUUGUGUGCCGCUGAAGGGGUUGAAUAUUUAAAUCACUUUCCUCAAUUUUGUGAGGCUGUCUUGAAGGGACGUGCCAUGUCCUUUCUGGGUUGUUGGGAACAAGACAGUGAUGCUUCGAAACAAUUCCACUGUGCGGGUCUGCCCGAAUUCCAUAUGAAGGAACCUUUGCUAAAUUCUAUCUGCUUUUGUAGUCCCCAAGUCUUGCUUUUGAACUAUUCCAGGCUGAAAAGUCGUGGUAACUAACAUGAAGGUCGAUUAACAUUAACUUGGGGGUCACGCUUGUCUUGUGUCCUAUAUUACACAUUAUUUACACAUGUAAAUGUUGCUAUACAGACUAAAACUUUUUUUGUUAUUUUUUCCCCUUUUUUCACUCCUCUUGAGUUGCAUUAUAAUAUAUGUUUCAGAUCAUUCUAGUACAGAGUAUUGAUAAAACUAGAUGUAUUAUAAACACUAUAGCAUCAAUGUUAAGUGAAAAGUGAAACUCAAGCAUUUACUGAAAAUAAGGUAAAGUUACUCAAAAAUAUGGUUGGUCGCUUGCUUGUUGGCUAUAGCACUACGCAUUAUAAUUUUUUUUUUGCUACAUUUUCCUGCUCUUUGAUACAUAGUGUGCAUUAUUCUGUCACUGUAUGUAAUGUAAUGAAGAAAAAAUCAUCUACUGCACAAUCAGAAUUAGCAUAAUAGGAAUGAAAUCCUCUGCAUUGUCAGGGCUGGUGGGGCGUAUAGUAACCUCACAUAGUCCGACUGUAUGAAACUGCAACUGUAGACCUUACCCCUCUCUGUUAAAUAUGUGCGAUGUCAUUAAAAUGCUUUUAAACAUUA